GCGGCUUUUGCCGGUUCAUCGCAUAGCACCACCGAUUUCGCACCUCAAGCUAUAUUCGGAGAUCUGCUCAAUUCAGAUCCGGGCCAGUACAUCACCACGAUAUCGCAACACCACUAUUCGUUUGUGCUCCUAUCCCAGUUGCAUAUUCGCACGUGACGUCUAUAUUCAGGGGCUCCUUUUGCGCAGGAAGCGAAGGCAUCCUGCAAGAUUUGAUGACCAAGGCGACCAUCCGCUCGAAUCUCUCCAGCUUCCUGCCCGAUAUACAGGCGACCCAGGACCAGGGCCUGGACUACGUGUUUGGUGAAACGAACAGUUACUCUUGUCACGCAAGUGCUGUCUCAGCGAGCACGAUGGAGUUGCUGACAGUUCCCUCAGGGUGCUCCGGGUGUUUCCAACACCGCCGGCGCUGCCCUCUGGACAGUUGAGCGUUUUCUCGCGGCUCGCACUGCUAUGCGCUGAAUCAAGGCAGCUGGAUUAUGCUUUGUUUGCGUCACAGAUUGGCGCAUCGCGUGUCUACUUCCACGAAGGGAUCGGCUACAAGUACAAUCUCAUCCAGCCCGCGACGCUGACGCGUUCGACGCUCAACGGGUCGCCGCUGCCCACUCCCCAGCAGCCGCACAUCCAGCCGCAGUAUUACGCGGCGAUCAUCGCGGCAGAGGCCAUCGGGGGCAGCAGCAAGACGAGAACGGCGCGGGAGCUGAACAUCAACAACAGCCGCAUUGCCGGCUAUGCCUUCUAUGAGGGAUCGCGGCUGAAGCGGGCGAUCUUCAUCAACUCGCUCUCGUUCUCCUCUUCGUCGACCAGUCGCCCGAGCGAGCACAUCAGCCUUGGCUUCACUGGAUCUGGGACGAAGCCUACGACGUUUACUGUCAAGCGCUUGGUGAUUGGCCACUCAGACGACACAUCCGGACUCACUUGGGGCGGCCAAUCGUACGAGACGUCGACCGGCAGAGUCAGCGGCGCGGCGAAAGUGGAGACGGGGACUGUUGCCAACGGAGUGGACAUCCCAGCCACGCAGGUGGUGAUGCUCACAUUUGCAUGACAGCACAUCUAAGUUAGUGACACCGUUGUAUCGUACUCUAAUAACUAUCGAGGUGAUCCUGGAUCCACGCAAGCGAUGUGUUGAAUGCGCCCUGUUUCGCAGCGA